UGGUAUAGCACUUCCGGUGCAGCUGCCUUCCUGCGCGCACGCACGGGACGGAAGGCGAGAUGGCCUCGGAGGUCACGUGGCCCUUCCCACAGUGCCCCCGCCUGGGCUGGAGAAUAUCCGGCAGAGUGGUCAUGGGCAUGGUGGGCUCAUACAGCUACCUUUGGACCAAUUAUUUUAACUCUUUGGUGGUGCACAACCAGGAUGUUUUGAUGGACCUGGUUGAUGAGCGUCCUCGGGACACGCCUCUUAUCACAGUGUGCAAUCACCAGUCCUGUAUGGAUGAUCCACACAUCUGGGGAGUCCUGAAGCUCCGGCAUCUGUGGAGCUUUAACAGGAUGAGAUGGACACCUGCUGCCUCUGACAUCUGUUUCACAAGAGAACUGCACUCCAGCUUCUUCAGCAGAGGGAAAUGUGUGCCUGUUGUUAGAGGAGAUGGUGUAUAUCAGAAAGGAAUGGAUUUCCUCGUGGAAAGGCUGAAUCAAGGGGAAUGGGUUCACAUAUUUCCAGAGGGUAAAGUUAACAUGACUGGAGAGUUCAUGAGGAUAAAAUGGGGUAAGAGUUAUGCUCCAAUAAUAAGAUAUAAUUUGUUUUACCCUGUAAGUAAAUCCUUCUAUUCCUUGACAGGAAUCGGGCGUUUGAUUGCGGAGUGCACUCUUCACCCAAUCAUUUUACCCAUGUGGCAUAUAGGUAUGAAUAAUGUUUUACCGAAUCAAACACCAUACAUCCCUCGAGUAGGACAGCGAGUAACUGUUGUAGUUGGAAAGCCGUUCACAGUCAGACAUCUGGUAAAUGCCCUGAGAGCUGACAACACCGGUCCGAUGGAAAUGCGGAAAACACUGACAGACUUUAUUCAAGGGGAGUUCCUCAGUUUGAAAGCCCAGGCGGAGGCGCUUCAUCACAGGAUACGGAAACACUCGUGACCCAUGGAGGGACGUUUUACAGGAUAAAGGGCUAUUCAGGACAUUACCCAUUAGCUAACCCGGGCCUUACAACUCAGCGUAGAUACUGAGGAGAAACAAUCAUACAGAUGACUACACCCAAAGAGGUUUACGGCAUCCUUAAAAUUAUAUCUGUGUGUGUCAGUUUGUUUAUGUGUGGACAGUCAGACAUGGGCUAAAGGAAAACAUCUUUUGUUGUUGUAAAUGGGUUACACCUACAGAGAAAGUAAAUGCAUUUUGAGCAGUGUGCAGGACCUCAGGAGAUAUCUUGUGUGCAAGUCAGUGACUGGAAAUGCCUUGUAGACUGUGGAGCACGCCUUCAUUCUCCCACAGGUUUUUUUUUUCUUUUCUUUUUUAAUUGUACAAAAUACUUGACCCAUCAAAAAAGCAUUAGUAUUAAGAAUGAAGUAACUCUUUUACAUCCUAGCAUGUCAGUGAGUCACUCUUUUUUUCUUUGUAUUAAAUUUCCUAAACAUUUAACAUGUUAAAUUUGUAUGCACAGGUGUCAAAGCUGGAUCAGUGAUUAUCAUGACAACAAAGCCAAAUUCUUGAUUUAAUGUUGGACUGUUGAAGUAUUUUUUUUUUUAUUACAGAUUGAGACAUUUUAAAUGGCAGAUACUAAUUGUUAGAGUUUUAUAUUUGAUGCAGUAUUUGACUGUAA